AUAGCGGACGGCUGCCGUUUGUUCGGAGCAGCAGCAGCAGAAGGCGACCCCUGGGAAGUGCUGGUGAAGACGGACUACGAAAUUGAAGUCCCGCAAGAAGACGGCAGCACUUUGAGUUGCGCCUGCGACGAGGCGGAGACGCUGCGGCAGGCGGUGGUGGAGGGCCGCGCGCCGCAGGGGGUUUACAUAGGCGGCACCAAGUACAAGCUCGCCGAAGUCAAGCGGGACUUCACGUUCAACGACCAGAACUACGACGUGGCGAUAUUGGGGAAGAACAAAGGCGGAGGGUUUUUAAUUAAAACUCCAAACGAAAAUGUUGUGAUUGCUUUAUAUGACGAAGAGAAAGAACAAAACAAAGCCGACGCCCUCACCACCGCCCUCAACUUCGCAGAGUACCUCUACCAGGGCGGCUUCUAA